CGUAGCUGCGUGACAGCCCUAGUCUCAUCAAUCGUCUGAUAGAACCAAUCACUAUUCUUGUUUGGCUUCCAUGUCUGCAAACGACCGUGAAUCGUCGUCCAACAAUACACCUCUUCGGCGCCGAAAUCGGAAAGUGUUUGCCGCUUGUCAACGAUGUCGAUAUCGUAAGAUCCGCUGUGACGGGUCUUUCCCCUCAUGUACCAAUUGCCAAAAAGCUGGGGAACCUUGUCUCGAUCCACACCGAGAAAAGGAGAUUCCUCGGAGCUAUGUUGUUUCAUUGGAACAAAAAGUCAAGUCAUUAGAAGCCAUCAUUGCAAACAGAUGUCCCGACAUAGACCUAGCCACCGUAGCAUCAGUUCGCCAGGAUGCCGACUCUUCAAGUUCUGCACCACAGGCGUGUCAGGACGCAACCAUAGAUACGCCGCUGCCAGAACAUGUAGAUCCUGGAAGAGGCCACUCGACUUUGUCAAGUCCGCUGGCGACGACGGCAGCAACAUCUCCGUGGGCUCCAUCAAGACAAGCGCAAUCAGACACUGAACUUCUUACCCAUGUAAUUGCUCUUGUAUCAUUAAAUGGCUCCUCAGAGCCCAAAUAUCUCGGACCUUCAAGUGGAUUUUCUUUUGCAAAGCUACUAGCCAGCCCGGGGCUGAGAUUGGACCAGCAAAUACACGACGCGGAUAAGCUAGAUGCUGAGACCAAAGCAUUAUAUCGGGCAGAAUGCCAUGCCGUACCUCUUCCUCCGUUUCACGAAGCUGCAAUUCUUGCCGAGGCUUUCUUUGACGAGGUUCAAUGGCAGUAUCCCUUCCUACACAAAGCAUCAUUCCUAUCUUCCCUUCGUGAAGUAUACAAUGCUAAAAGUCAAGGCCAAGACGAAUCUAGGGCCGAGACUGGGUCGGAUGCUGCUAAUAUUCGUUUUCAAAUCUUCCUGGUGCUUGCCGUCGGCGCAUCUACCCUUUCCAAAACAUCUGGCAUGGCCGCAGACGCUGGCAAUUACUACAUCUCGGCAAUGCAAUAUAGCGACAGAGCUCUAUACAAUGUUUCUCUGGUUACAACACAAAACCAUCUUCUUUUAGCAAUGUAUGCACUCUUUAAUCCACGGUCGGAUACAAAUAUAUGGUUCAUCAAUUAUCUACUGAUGGCAAGUUGCAUUGACUUGGGUCUCCACCGAGAUGUUGGCCCACGCCAAGAGAGCUUGCCAAAAGAAGCCGUCCUAAAAGAAGAGAUGCGAAAGAGGGUUUUCUGGAGCUGCUACUGCCUCGAUAGGAAUGUCGGCACUGCUCUUGGACGACCACUUGGGAUCAGGAAUGAGGCCUGUGACGUGCCGCUUCCAUCGGAUUUUGAUGAUGAUGAUACCACAGAGAUUGUUGCCGAUGUGCGAAGCAGAAAGAGUUGGUCGCCAAUAUCGUGCUCAAUACACCUUUCUCGUCUUGCCAUCAUAAUUACCGACAUGAAGUUACAUCUUUACAGGAUUUCGCAGGACCCGGACAGAAUCCCGUGGCCAUCAAAUCUACACGCGUGGAGAGACAGAACAUACAAGGAUCUCAAUGAAUGGAAAGCAGCCACAUCAUCAUUGAGUAGCGGCAAAGCAUCUUUCUUUGCCCAUCUUGAGGUGUCUUAUCACCUUGCCGUUAUGCUACUCUAUCGCCCAUCCCCAAGGUUUCCCAAGCUGUCCAUGGAAACCGCGCGCAUUUGUAGCGACUCGUCCAUUAAAGUUAUCGAAAUAUUCGACAGUCUCCAGCGUCUCGGAAAGAUGCAAUACAGCGUGCUUAGCGUUCAUAGCGCUUUGCUGAGCGGCUUGACAAUGCUAUACAGUGCCCAAAUUUGUUGCAGAAAAGAUGCUUCUGAAGUGAUACAAAGAUUGCCAAACAACAUCAGAGUAUGUUCUUCAAUCUUAUCGACAAUGGCAGAGCUGGGUUGGGCACACGCAAAACGAUCGCUUUCCGUUUUUAAUACCAUAGGCCAGGUAACUCUCAGGUAUGUGCAGAGCGCAGCUGCUUUGGGGGCUUCGGAGGCAUCCCAUUUGCAUCUGAAUCCGAUGCAUGCAAAGACUUUUGAUGGUGGUGAAUCCAUUACAAUGGCAGAGGGCACCGCUACCUUGAACUCUGAGGCCCUCUCCAAUUCAUUGUCACAAGACAGUCAACCAUUGGAUUUUACACCUAUGUCUCCGCCAUUGUCUAACGACCAAUUCAUGACCACAUUGGGGCUCGAAAAUGUCCCGUUUGAACCUUUACACGACGAUGGAGGCAUUCAGACUCCAAAUAUGGCUUUAGAUAUUACAGACUGGUCGAGCUGGGAGACUCUGAUACCGAAUUGGGAAUCCAUUUUCCCUUAUUAG